UAUAAGGUGGAGCUUCAGAAAAUUGGGAGUGGUGGCAUUGUCUGUGAAAACUGUUUCUGAUGAUGACAAGGCUGGCAGUAGUGGUGCUGCUGCUGCUAAUUCUCCUUCUAUGGCUAGACAAACCAAGAACAGAUAUGCACCUAGCAACGCUACUGUGGCAAUCAACCUCAAAUUGAAGCCGGCAUCAAAUCUGAAAUGGCAUAGAGUUUUGUUUAAAAUUAGUGGCUCUGCAUUGGCUGGAAACUGCCAGAACAUUGACCCCAAGGUGGCAAUGCAGAUUGCUAGGGAAGUGGCAACAACUUGCCGCCUUGGGGUGGAGGUGGCCAUUGUUGUUGGUGGUCGUAACUUCUUUUGUGGAGAUGCAUGGGUGUCUGCUACCGGGUUGGAUAGACCUAUGGCUUACCAAAUAGGUAUGAUGGGAACAGUUAUGAAUUCUAUUUUGCUUCAAUCUGCUUUGGAAAAGCUGGGUGUUCAGACACGUGUUCAGAAUACAUUCUUGAUGCCAGAGGUUGCUGAACCAUAUAGCAGGCAACGAGCUAUUAGACAUCUUGAGAAAGGAAGGGUCAUAUUUGGUGGUGUUGGUGCUGGCACUGGAAAUCCACAUUUUACCACUGAUACAGCUGCAGCUCUCAGAGCUUCUGAGCUUACUAAUGUGAAUGGUGUCUUUGACUGCCAUCCCCAUAAUGAUAAUGUAACACUCGAUCACAUUUCCUUUAGGGAAAUUGUUUCUAGGAACGUCACCUCCAUGGACAUGAUGGCACUGGCAUAUUGUGAAGAGAAUGGAAUACCUGUUGUAGUCUUCAACAUGCUUGAACCAGGGAAUGUUUCAAGAGCAUUAUGUGGAAGUUGACACUUUGAUCGAUCAAACUGGUAGAGUGGAGCAUCAGCUUCCUAGUUAAUCGUGCUUAAUUUGGUUGUAAUCAGAUUAUGGUAAUCACUUAAUCUUCAACACAAGUGAUCCCUUGAUUUGUUUGUAUUUUAACUGAGGCGUUGCCUGUUAGCUAAUGUAGCACUAUUCAUUAGAUUUACCACACAUGUAACUUAACUACUGAAAUUUGGUACUUAUUUAACUAAUGUAUGACAUAAUAAUAUAUUUGACAUAUUUACACUAAA